CAUAUCCAAGACCACCAGCAAUGUCCAGACUGGGCUGUCCAUCCUCCGCGGCCACGCCUGAAACCGUUAGGCAGUCUGCGCUCCCACUGGAGCUCCGAGCCCUCGACAUUUCUCCUAAGAUUCGUGCCGACCCUGAUACCCUCGAAUCCGUCUCCUCUGACUUCGGUGGUGUGAUCAGUGGCCGUCCGUACGCUAUAUUCUAUCCCUCGAAUGAGACUGACAUAGCCCGACUCAUUCGAACCGCAUUCGAGUCUGCACAACCCUUCACGAUCACCGCUAGGGGUCGCGGGCAUUCGGACAGAGGCCAGUCGGUCGGUGUUGGCGGGGUCACGGUGGACAUGAGAGCCCUCGCCGGAGACGGCGAGAAGAGAAGGAUCAAUGUGUGCUUGGGUGGGCCAUUGGGUCCGUAUGUGGACAUCGGGGCCGAGCAAAUGUGGUCCGAACUGAUGCACGAAACACUGGAGCAUGGGUUUGGGCCGCGGACAUGGCUCGACUACUUGGACAUCACCGUCGGUGGCUCCCUCACCGUCGGUGGGAUCAGCGGGCAGGCUCUCCGGCACGGACCGCAGGUUCGAAAUGUGCAUGAAUUGGACAUCAUUACUGGAAAAGGAGAACUAGUGACUUGCUCGGAGAACCAAAACCCGGACUUGUUUUACGCUUCUCUGGGAGGGCUAGGGCAAUUUGGAAUCAUUACUCGAGCCCGAAUCGCACUCGAACCCGCACCGAGUAAGGUGAAGUGGGUGGGGCUAGUUUAUUCUAGCUUUGAGGCAUUCACUAAAGAUGAAGAGUACCUCAUCUCACUAGAUGGGGCUCCAGGAAAAAGGAAGGGAUUUGAUUAUCUUGAAGGUUUCGUUUUCCUUGAUCACAAACAUGUUAAAAAUUGGAGGUCCCCCUUCAUCUCCGACGAUGAUGUCGUAGAGAUCACCAAACUCGUGGCGGAACACGGUGGAGUUUACUUGUUAGAGGCAACUAUUAACUAUUGUGAUGAUACCGUGUUUACUGUCGAUGAGGAAGUAGAAGCCCUAACUGAGGGGCUAAACUAUGCACCUGGGUUCAAGUUCACCAAAGACCUCUCCUAUGUGGGCUUCCUUGAUAGAGUGCAACUAGAGAACGAGAGGCUAAGGAAAGAUGGACUACGGGAUGUGCCACACCCAUGGCUCAACUUGUUGGUGCCCAAAUCAAGGAUCUAUGAUUUCCAUGAAGGUGUCUUCAAAGGGGUCUAUCAAAAGGACAAGCCCAUGGGUGUCAUAUUGGUUUACCCUCUUGACAAAUAUAAGUGGGAUGAGAAGAUGUCUUUGGUGUUUCCCAAAGAGGAUGUGUUCUACAAGAUUGGGCUUCUGCUAUCAACUACCCCAGAUAAUUUGGAGGGGGUGCUGAAGCAAAAUGAAGAAAUCCUGAGGUUCUGUGAGGGAAAUGGCAUUGAUGUGAAGCAGUACAUGCCUCACUAUGAGAACACUGAGGAUUGGAAAGAGCACUUUGGUGAGAAGUGGGAUUGGUUCGUGCAGAUGAAGAAGAAAUAUGACCCAAAAAAUAUAUUGGCUCCUGGGCAAAGGAUCUUUACCUCUCCUCUCAUCUAAUGUUCUUUUUUUUCCCCCCCCCAUAAUAAAGUGAUGUGAUGAGACUUGAAAGAGGGAGCUUUCUAUAUAAGCUAAAUAAAUUGAG